GCGUGUGUGUGUGUGUGUUUUGCUUUUUUAUUUUGGGGAAGGGAUUUUCAGGGUUCUCGUCGUUUGAUUGAUAUCCGUUUGAAGGAGCAAUGAAUUUUGAAUUUGAACGAGAGAUCGGUUUUAUAAACAGCCAACCGUCGCUAGCAGAGUGCCUGACGUCCUUCCCUGCCGUCCUGGAGUCAUUUCAAACUUCAUCAAUCAAGGAGUCGACAGUAAUUCCGCCUCCCUUCGAGAACACCAUCCCCAGCCUCAGCCCUUGCACAACCAGCCAGCCAAGACCAGCUUCAAGGAACCAACAGAACCGAAGAACCUCUGUUAGCGAUGGCCUCCCCACAAACCACCGACUCACCCAGCAUCCCUGCCCGCCUGGCCAAGCCCCCGCCCCGAAUGCAUCAUCGUCUUCCGCUGGACCACUGGCUCACGAAUUCCCCUGGAUGAAGGAGAAGAAAUCAUCCAAAAAAUGUCUGAAAACUGGGAUCAGCUCCAACAGUGGUGGAUCCAUCAUCCCAUCGGCUUCGUCGUCCCCGUCACCGACCGUCCCCGGGUACGCUCCGACGGGCAUCGAGUCACCCACAGAUCCAAAUCAAGCGGGUCUAGACGUCGGAGGCGCUGGGUCUCGUCGGCUCCGCACCGCUUACACAAACACGCAACUGCUGGAGUUGGAGAAGGAGUUUCACUUUAACAAAUAUCUUUGCCGACCGAGAAGAGUGGAGAUUGCUGCCCUUUUAGACUUGACCGAGCGUCAGGUUAAAGUUUGGUUCCAAAACCGGCGGAUGAAACACAAGCGGCAGACCACACAUCACCGUGAUGGUGGUGGCGAUGGGGGAGGAGGAACCCAAGAAUCCGGAGAGCCGAGUUGUAUCGAGCCGCUCGAAGGCGCGGAUGCUUCAUCACCGUACUCAAGUCAGCCGCUUGAGGCAUCUGGCACCGGCGAGUUAUCGGAUGGCGAGGCGGGGUGCAGUAAUCCAUCUUCGGCUGCAGCACCCACCGCCCACACUCUUGACAGCGGAGACAAUGCGCGUCCCACGCUCGAGGAGGGAGGCCUAUCGAGGCUCCCGGACCUGCCAACGCUGUCGAAUGCGGCUUGCCCCUGUGACUCUGCUGCCAAAUACCACUCCCCGGAGCCGUUCGCCAAUAAAAAUUCCAGCGAUAACGCGAGCAUAAGGCAUUUGAACGAAACGAGCACAGUCGCGGGAUCUGAGCCACCACGUGCAUUUUGCGAGCAGCCGGACUCGUCCGUCCCCUCGUCUUCUACUUCCUCCGAGCUCCCCGACUUGACUUUUUUUGCCGGUGACGCCUGCAUGUCACCCAGCCUUCAGAGUUCCCUGGACAGCCCGGUGGAUUUUUCCGAAGAGGACUUUGACUUGUUCACAAGCACAUUGUGUACAAUGGACCUUCAGCAUCUCAAUUUCUGAGAGAUUUAUUCGUGAUUAAAACGAGGGCUCUCAACAAGAACCGCGUCGCUGAAAGAAAAACAUGACAACAUUCCUGAAUGGUUCAAGAGUGAAAUAUUGAACGUUGCUAUUUAAAUAUAUAUUUUCAUCAUUUCGCCAGUAUUAUUUGAACAUGUAGCUCUAGUAGCUACAAAAAAAGUCUGAAUAUAUGUGCCCUCAUUUCAGGAAUGUGAAUUUACAUAUUUAUUAGUCAUUAGAAUUUUUAGAAUGUGUGGAUUUUUUCCAAUCCAAACUUCUCAGGAACUGCUGCCGCUUUUUGAACAUCUUAUCUGAGGAAAUGAACAGGAAAAAAAUCUCUUGCUGUGCACCCGAAAGAAGAGGGAAGCGGUGUUGAUGAUUGAAGUUUUAAACCCUAGUUUAUUUAUUGAGAUUCUUUAAUAGUGAUAUCCAAAUUAUUUAUUGUAUAUAUAUUUUCAUAGCGGAAUACUAAUAUGAUAAUAAAAAUACAAAUACAUAAAGUGGCAUUUGUACUUUUUAUUUCGAAUGUGUUUUCUAUUAUAGGCUCAAAUUAAGUCUGUUCAAAUAUCUGAGCAAUGUUAUUGAACUUUUACAAAGUGCACGUUAUUAUGGUUAAUAGUUGAAAGAUUUAAUUUCAUUAAAUACGUUUUAUUUGUUUUACUGUCUAUAGAAUUGGG